AUGAGCCCUCACCUCCCUCCCCCUUACAUCCCAACUCACCAACACCCUGUAAAGCCCGGCAACUUCUUCCCGGCUGGCACCAACGUCAUCCUGUUCAAAUCCAACGACGGCGAGCUCUUCAAGUUCUCCCUCGCUCUUCUGGCCCAGCACUCUCCCCACUUCAACGAGUAUAUGACGCCGCGGGUACUGAACAGCUUCCUGUCCCUGAAGACGCACUUGCCGGUCAACGUCGCGUCCAUCACUCUCCGCCUCGUAUUCCGCCUCAUGACGCCCCUGAACGACUCCAGGCGCUGGAACGACCAAGUCCUGUGGCCCAACGACAACACGGCAGGAGAGAUCGCGUACUUUAUCAUGCAAUUCAAGAUGCCGACGGUCGGUAGGAUGCUCCUGUCUCGCGCGGACCGGAACGGCGCACGGUGGCGCGCCAUGGCAUACUUCCUGGUCUGCGUCACCACUGGAGAGCCUUACGACGAUGCCAUCUCCGCCAUGCUCAAGUACGGACUGAACAAGAAGGACGCAUACAAGGACAUUCGGGAGACCUGGGCGGAGCGGCUCUGCGGCCACAUCCCGGUCGCCUACGCGCGUGAACUCCUGGAGCUGGAGAAGGCGCACACUACAUGGGUCACCAGGCUCGAGGCGUUCCAGCGCGACCUCACGCACCAGAUCACCCAGACCGCGUGUCCACUGUGCCAGUACAAGCCCAGUGCGGACCCACCAGCCGAGGGCCACCAGCAUGAUCACGCCGAGCACGUCCCUCUCCAGCUCACGGGAAACACACACCACCUCCUUGAGCAGGGCCCGGAUGGUCUCUUUGCCGCGGUGUGGCACUUCAUCGAGAAGGACACGAUGCCGUGGGACGAGUUGCAGGUACGCCAGUGGGCUACAGCGUCGAACCUCGGCCCCCUCAUCCUUCCCAUCGUGGUGGAGCCGCUUCUCGCUCUCACCCAGUUCAUCAAGCCGCCCGACUACCUGGAUCCCUUGACGGUCCAAAGGUCGGUCUGGAAGGUGCGCAGCACUGUCGAUGACGAAGGGUACCCGGUGCCGAGCUUUGCUGAGUGGGAGAACCCCAGGCGGAAAAACACCUAG